GGGCACACUUUGUGAGACUUUUGAAAAAUAUAAAACUCGGCGCUUCGGACCGGACCGGACCGGACCGGACCGACUUAGACCCCUCCCUCUGCCACUUGCUGGUUAUCCGGUAAAUGUAAUGGCGUCGUCGCCUGCACUCUCCCCUGCAUCUCCUCCCCUCCUCCGCCACCACCGCGGCUGGCGCUGCCGCCGCCUCCUUUCCACCCAAGCCCACUUCCUAAUUCCUAACGCCCUCCUCCAACGCCGCUCCUUCAUCCUAUCCUCUGCCUCCUUUCUCCUCGCCCAACCCAGCGCCGCCGACACCGCCUCUCUACCCGACCAGCCACUGCCAUCCAUCGUCACCGAUCGCGUCUUCUUCGAUUUCGGCUUCUGCCCCAGCUACCUCCGUUCGGACCGGCCUCUUGGCUUCGACCUCGCUGCCUGCCCCGACACCGAGCCCCUCGGCCGCGUUGUGUUCGGCCUCUACGGCAAGAUCCUUCCUCAGACCGUCGCCAAUUUCAAGACGGCAUGCGCCUCCGCGACCUACCGCGGGACGCUCGUCCACAAGAUCCUCCAGGGCCAGUUCUUUGUCGCCGGCCGCCAGGGGCGGAAGGAAAAGGGGGAGGUCCGGCCGCCAACUGGGCUGCUGCGCAACAUGGAGACCGUCGACCCCAAGGCGUUCCAGCUGAAGCAUUCUAGACCUGGAACUCUAUCAUUGUGCUUGUCCGAGAACGAUGAUGACGAAGCCGUCAAGCUGGAACCGGACUACCACAACUUGGAGUUUCUGGUGACCACUGGGCCGGGGCCAUGCCCGCAGCUUGACAACGAGAACAUCGUGUUUGGCACUGUGCUCGAAGGGAUGGAUGUGAUCACCAACAUAGCUAGCAUUCCCACAUAUAAGCCAGCCGAAAGGAUUCGGCAAUUCAAUGAUUUUGCGCAGUUUCUUGGAGAUGAGAGGGCUCAGAUAGCUCGUACAAUGUGGAAUCGACCUCUAAAAACUAUUUAUAUCAGCAACUGCGGAGAGUUGAAUGUGGCAACACCUUCGCUUUCCCCUAGCUUGCCGUAACAACUGUAUAGAUUUUCGUAGAGGGACAUGAAUUGUACAUUGAAAAUAUACUCCCGGUUUUGUCCUACAUAGUUGUAUAAAGUAUCAAAUCAAAUUGAUCUACAGCUUGUUGCGAGUAUAGACUUUUUGAUAUUUACAUUAAUUUUGGGCAAUUUAUCUAAAAAUUCUCACUUGAAACCA